AUUUGAAUUUUUAAAAGGCAUCACUGCUGUAAAUAAAAUAUAAAAACAAUAUUUAAGCAAAAAAAAGGAGAUAAUAUCCAUCAACAAUAGAAAAAUUAAAAAUAGAGAUAAAAUAAUGACAUCAUUUUUUAAAAACUUAAAAAAUAAUUUUUAUUAUAACAGAGAGCAAUUAAUCAAAGAAAAUUUAAUUAGUCAAUUAAGUGAAAGUGUCAAAGAAAUUCAAUUGGAAUCUAACGAGAGAAAAGAAGAAUGUCUGGAGCAAAAAGAAUGCACAAGUACAUUGUGUACAAUUUUAGAAGCAAUUUUUCUCCAUGGUUUAAAAGAUUCAUUAUUGUGGCAAACUCUUUCAGUUAUAUCAGGUAACGAUGCAGAUCGCAGACCAGAACCAAAUUUUUGGCCUUUAUUGUUAGUUUUUCUUCAUGCACAUACAAUUGAAAAGAUUGAAGAAUUAAGUCAAAUUCGAACUGAUAUCGGAAAUUGUAGAGCUUGGAUAAGACUGAGCCUUAAUGAAUCAUUAAUAUCAUCAUAUUUGAAAAAUAUUAGAAAAAAUUCUUCAGCUCUUAAUCCGUAUUACAAGAGUUAUGCUUUUUUAAAGGAUUCUGAUCAACUGGAUAUUGCUAGUAAAAUACUAGAAGGGCUUGAAACAUGUGUUCAAAUGAAUUUACAUAUUAAUUCAACAUUAUUUAAUCAGUGGACUGUAUUACCAUUACAAUUAGCUGGUUUAUAUUCCCCACCAUUACCUUCAUGUCCGAUUGCUGCCGGUAUAGAUGUAGCUAGUUCAUUGACAGAUGAUACAGAAACAAUUCCAAUACCAAAACCAUUAAAUGUAAACGAGGUUUUCCCAAAUUCAAUACGUAAUUCUCCAUUUAAUAGAAAUAUAUUUAAUAAAAGAGAUGAUGAUUUAAAUGAAGAAGAAAAUGUUAAAUUACUAUUGGAAAAAGUUCAAGAUGAAAUAACGUGUGAUAAUAUACAUAGUAAUAGGGUUGAUACUGAUGAAAAAAGUUUUGAAAAUGAUGAUGAUUCCACAAAUAAUGAACAAGCAACAAAGCCUACAACAAUAUCAGUACUUUCACAAACAGUACCCUAUCAAAAUAAUAGCAACUUAGUAAAUAUGGCGACUGGGUGGUCAGAUGAUUUCUCUCUCGAAUCUGAUAUUUCUGGUACCAAAAUUAUUAACAACGAACCAAAUACUUAUAAAAAUGCUAAUCUAGGAACAGAAAAUUCAUGUAUGAAAGAUAUAAAAAGCUACGGUACAUCAAAAAAUGACCAAUCAAAAUUGAGCAGAUCAAAUAGUAUAAGCACUUCAAUAACUUCAAUGAAGUCACAAUGCGAUAAAUACAGUUAUGACGCAUUAUUGAUUAAACAUGAAAAAAUGCAUGAUGAUCAUGAGCUUAAUAUGAGUGAUGUAUGGCAUAGCUUUGAAAAUAGUUUUAGUUUAACGGGUGAAAACGUUAAAGAAUUAAUAAAAAAUGAGGAUGACGAUGAUGAUGAGAAACAAAGCGAUUUUCAAAAUGAUGUUCAAAAUAGUAACCAAAAUUCAGUUACAGACGAAGAUGAUUUUGAGAUUGAAAUUUUACCAAAGCUUACAAAUGAAAAGUUUACUUUAAGUGAAUUACAAAAAAUGGUUGAAUAUAUAUGUAAAUUAGGAAGGGAACAAGGAUUAGACGCACAAGGGUAUAUGUGUGAGGGAUGUGCACAUCCGCUUGGUAUUGGAUUUGCAAAUGCACAUGUAUGCUCAUUUAGUGGUUAUUAUUUUUGUGAUCAAUGUAUGUCAUCAGAACAAUUUACAAUACCAGCAAAAGUUAUAUAUAAUUGGGAUUUUAGGAAAUAUAAUGUUUCAAAAAGAGCUGCUAUUUUUUUAACAGAUUUUCAAUAUAACCCAUUUAUAGAUUUACAAAAUUUCAAUCCAAAAAUAUAUGGAGCAUCUGAAGAAAUGGCAAAUAUACAAUCACUUAGAAUACAAUUAAAUUGGAUUAGAGCUUAUCUUUAUAAUUGUCGUGAAUCAAGCAUUCAUGCUUUAGAAGAAUUAGUGAAUGCUAAAAAAUAUCUUUAUGAACACAUACAUCGUUACUCAAUUGCUGAUUUAACAUUAAUACCGAAAGGUCAAUUGAUCCGUCAUCUUCAGAAAAUAUAUCAAUUUGGAGAAGAGCAUAUACUAACAUGUAAUUUAUGUAGUGCUAAAGGUUUUAUUUGUGAAAUAUGCGAUAGUCCUAAUGUUAUAUAUCCUUUUCAUAUAAAUACAACGUUUACAUGUGAGGCAUGUAAUUCAGUUUUUCACGAUUAUUGUUUAAAUGAAAGUAAACCAUGUCCUAAAUGUAAACGAAAACGUGAACGCGAAAGCUUACCAUUACUAGAAGCAGUGCAUUUGCUCUAAAAAAAUAUAUUCAAACUAACUGUUUCCCAAAACAAAUUAAAAAAAAUAGAAUAUGUCACGUAAUUGAAAAAUAUUUGCAUACAAAUGCUUUAUUUUUUGUGAAACUAAUGUGAUUCUUUUUUUAAAUUGCAUAUUAAUAUUAAAAAAAUUAUUUUAAAACGAUUUUCAAUGUAUUAAAAAUUUUAAAUAAAAUUUAAUUUAUACAAAAUGUA